UCGAGGCUCCUUACUCGCUCGUUGCCUGUCUGUCGCAUUUCCUCAAUAGCCAGCCGAGGGUCUCUCAGGGUCGAAGGUUCUGCCCUGCUUGCCACGACCUCCACCUGAAUUCUCUGCGUUACCUAUGGGACCGCGUUUUUGAAAACAGAUCGGUUUAACCCGGAGCAGUUAUCGGCCGAAGGAAAGGAACUCGCUACCCGUUUGGCAAGAAAAUCGUUGGGGAAAAAAUAACGAGGAAGGCACAAAGCGAUUAUCCAGAGGGCCGGUGGGUCUGAGUUGGUGAGCUGAACGGGGCCAUUCUGAAUGAUGCCUGCUUCCUAGGAUGGUCCUGGAUCCUGGUAAACUAACUGCCCAUGUCCCUAGCAGUGGAGCCAUGGCUCACAGAACCCCCCCCUCUCAGGGCAAGGUGACCAUCACUGUGGACGAGUACAGCUCCAACCCCACACAGGCCUUUACCCACUACAACAUCAACGAGAGCCGCUUCCAACCACCCCAUGUCCACAUGGUGGAGCCCAUUCCCUAUGACAGCCCCAAGUCCUCCGGUCAUACACGUUUCGUCUGCGUGUCGGACACACACUCCAGGACCGAUGGGAUCCAGAUGCCAUAUGGGGACAUCCUGCUCCAUACUGGAGACUUCACUGAACUGGGCCUACCCUCUGAGGUCAAGAAGUUCAACGAUUGGCUAGGGAGUCUACCGUAUGAAUUCAAGGUGGUGAUCGCAGGGAACCAUGAACUGACGUUUGACAAGGACUUCAUGGCUGAGCUGGUCAAGCAGGAUUACUAUCGCUUUCCCUCCGUCUCUAAGCUGAGACCAGAGGACUUUGACGAUGUUCAGGCCCUCCUCUCAAACUGUACUUACCUGCAGGACUCUGAGGUUACAGUCAAGGGUUUCCGAAUAUUCGGGGCACCGUGGACGCCAUGGUUUAAUGGCUGGGGUUUUAACCUUCCUCGCGGUCAGUCACUACUGGAAAAGUGGAAUCAGGUUCCAGAGGGUAUAGACGUUCUCAUGACCCAUGGACCUCCCCUCGGUUUCCGUGACUGGGUCCCCAAGGAGCUCCAGAGAGUGGGCUGUGUGGAGCUGCUGAACACGGUACAGCAGAGGGUCCGACCCAAGCUCCACGCCUUCGGUGGCAUCCACGAGGGGUAUGGCAUUAUGACGGAUGGAUGCACAACUUUUAUCAACUCCUCCACCUGUACAGCCAGUUUCCAGCCCACCAACCCCCCCAUCAUAUUCGACCUGCCCAACCCAUAGAGGAUCGUAAAUGAACCAGCAUUUUUUUUAAUCAAAUGAGUUGUACUAAAUGUUAAUCUUCAAGAUAUUUGGCUUUUGUAAAAAUGCUUGUAAAAAUGCAUGAAAAUCUGAUUCUAGUAAUGAAAUUAUGAACUUUGUCAAAUAUUUCAUAUUUUCCAAUUGUUUGCAUUUGCUGCAAUAACGGGUUUUCUGUGCUAUUUGUCAUUCUUUGUUUUCUCUCUCAAGACGUACAGUUGAAGUUGGAAGUUUACAUACACUUAGGUUGGAGUCAUUAAAACUCGUUUUUCAACCACUCCACAAAUUUCUUCUUAAACUAUAGUUUUGGCAAGUCGGUGAGGACAUCUACUUUGUUCAUGACACAAGUAAUUUUUCCAACAAUUGUUUACAGACAGAUUACUUCACUUAUAAUUCACUUUCACAAUUCCAGUGGGUCAGAAGUUUACAUACACUAAGUUGACUAUGCCUUUAAACAGCUUGGAAAAUUCCAGAAAAUUAUGUCAUUGCUUUAGAAGCUUCUGAUAGGCUAAUUGACAUACUUUGAGUCAAUUGGAGGUGUACCUGUGGUUUGUAUUUCAAGGCCUACCUUCAACCUCAGUGCCUCUUUACUUGACAUCUUGGGAAAAUCAAAAGAAAUAAUAAUAAUAAUAAUAUAUGCCAUUUAGCAGACGCUUUUAUCCAAAGCGACUUACAGUCAUGUGUGCAUACAUUCUACGUAUGGGAAAUCAGCCAAGACCUCAGAAAAAACAUUGUAGGCCUCCACAAGUCUGGUUCAUCCUUGGGAGCAAUUUCCAAAUGAAUGAAGGUACCAUGUUCAUCUGUACAAACAAUAGUAUGCAAGUAUAAACACCAUGGGACCACGCAGCCGUCAUACCGCUCAGGAAGGAGAUGCGUUCUGUCUCCUAGAGAUGAAUGUACUUUGGUAGGAAAAGUGCAAAUCAACCCCAGAACAACAUCAAAGGACCCUGUGAAGAUACUGGAGGAAAGUAAAACCUGAAAGGCCGCUCAGCAAGGAGGAAGCCACUGCUCCAAAACCACCAUAAAGCCAGACUACGGUUUGCAACUGCACACGGGGACAAAGAUCGUACUUUUUGGAGAAAUGUCCUCUGGUCUGAUGGAACAAAAAUAGAACUGUUUGGCCAUAAUGACUAUCGUUAUGUUUAGAGGAAGUGCACACUUUGGCUUGCAAGCCGAAGAACACCAUCCCAACCGUGAAGCAUGGGGGUGGCACCAUCAUGUUGUAGGGGUGCUCUGCUGCAGGAGGGACUGGUGCACUUCACAAAAUAGAUGGUAUCAUGAGGGAGGAAAAUUAUGUGGAUAUAUUGAGGCAACAUCUAAAGACAUCAGUCAGGAAGUUAAAGCUUGGUCGCAAAUGGGUCUUCGAAAUAGACAAUGACCCCAAGCAUACUUCCACAGUUGUGGCAAAAUGGUUUAAGGAUAACAAAGUCAAGGUUUUGGAGUGGCCAUCACAAAGCCCUGACCUCAAUCCUAUAGAAAAUGUGUGGGCAGGACUGAAAAAGCAUGUGCGAUCAAGGAGGUCCACAAACCUGACUCGAGUUACACCAGCUCUGUCAGGAGGAAUGGGCCCACAAUUCACCCAACUUAUUGUGGGAAGCUUGUGGAAGGCAACCCGAAACGUUUGACCCAAGUUAAGCAAUGCUACCAAAUACUAAUUGAGUGUAUGUAAACUUCUAACCCACUAGGAAUGUGAUGAAAGAAAUAAAAGCUGAAAUAAAUAAUUCUCUCUACACUUAUUCUGACAUUUCACAUUCUUAAAAUUCUUAAGACUGGGAAUUGUUACUAGGAUUAAAUGUCAGGAAUUGUGGAAAAACAGAGUUUAAAUGUAUUUGGAUAAGUUGUACGUAAACUUCUGACUUCAACUGUAUACGCUUUUUGUCUGACAGGCAAAUAUACUGCCUGACAGUAAUCGUACCCUCUACAUCAGCAAUACUUGACCUCAUGAUGAUAAUAGAACAUGCAUUUGGCAUUGUAACAUAAGUUAUUUUGUCUCUCCUAAAGCCCUGUGUAUUGUUGAAAAUGAAACAUUUUGAGUAUAUGAAAUGUAUCCAAUUAUUAUAUACUGUAGUCCCUUGGGCUCUCACAUGUGUUUUGGAAAGGUAUGUACCGGUUAUCUACUUUGAUCUGGGGCACAUUCAACAGGACGCAACAUAUUAUGUAUAUUCUCAAAUGUCCCCAUCUUCCAUGGAGUACAUGUGAUUUGGUGUUUGUGUGAAUUUAUAUAGGCCCACUAAAGCCUUUCAAAAAUGUAUGUUAUAUGCUAUUCAAAGCACACAUGCAUUUUCAUCUCACUUUUAUAUUUUUAUCGAUAUUCAGCAAACAGCUGUUUUUAAAUUAUAUUUCACAACUGUCUAAGCAGAAGUGAGUUGUUCCCUAAAAUACAGUAAUAAGAAUUUUGCUAAUUAUUUUUGUUUUGUUGCACAGUGUGAGAAUGCGAUCUUGCUAGCACAAAAAAAAGUUGCCAACGGUAGUCUUCUGUCAUUGUAAAUGCCUGUUUAGUUUCCUGGUUUAUGAAACUUUUGUUUAACUUGUAAUACGUUUAGUUGCCUUUAUAUGCAAAUAAAAUUGCCAUAUUUGUACCUGUUGAA